AUGGCUCCAUUGACACCGCUCGUGGUGCUCUGCGGUGACCAUGCACCGGAUGCAUUGGUGCAGGCCGCGGCGACUUUGCAGAUCGGAGGCAUGCGCGUGGCUUCACUGUGCUCGCCUGUCGUGGAGGCCGCACUAAUAGCCGCCAAGGUACCGUUUAUAGCUGUGGCCACACCCACCGACGUGCAGCUCAUGCUCUCGGACCGUGUGGUGGCUGUAUUAGCACUGCCACCCAGUGCUGUCGACGUGGAUGGUACCGCCCAUGCGCGUGUAACCCAGUGGUUCUCCGGCGCUUACUCGUUCGUGCGUGUCGCCGCUUGGAACUACAAGCAGAUCAGCGUCAUUGUGGACGAAACGGACCUAAGCACAGUGCAGAGCAAACUAUCUCGUGACGGUUCAUUAGCUUUCUCGUUGCGUGAACGUCGUGCUCUAGCUGAGAAAGCUUUUGUGCUAUUUUCGGAGCUAGAUAGAGCCAUUGCUACCAGUCUUAGCGGUGAAGACGAGGUGGUGCAUGAUGUGCUGCUGGUCGGUAAUGGAGGCCGUGAACAUGCCAUUGCAUGGAAACUGGCUCAGUCUUCCUCUACGGGUCACAUCUAUGUAGCACCCGGUAACGCCGGCACGGAGGACGUAGCUGCUGGUAUCUCAAAUGUCAACAUUGGUGUGAACGAGCAUGAUGAACUCAUUGCCUUUGCUAAGAGCAAGGGUGUGACUUUCUGUGUGGUGGGGCCAGAGGCCCCGCUGAUUGACGGACUUGCAGACAAGAUGAACACUGCCGGUAUUCCGGCUUUCGGCCCCAGCAAGGCGGCCGCCCAGCUGGAGGCAUCUAAGGCAUUCUCGAAGGAUUUUAUGCGUCGCAACAAUAUCCCGACCGCCUCGUACCAAAACUUCACGGACUACGAGAAGGCCAAGGAAUACGUCGAUUCGAUUGACCACAACAUUGUCGUCAAGGCAUCGGGCAUCGCGGCCGGCAAAGGUGUGCUUAUUCCGACAUCGAAAGCUGAAGCCCACGAGGCCCUGCGUGAGGUCAUGCUCGAGAAGGCCUUUGGCUCGGCUGGUGAUGAGGUCGUAUUGGAAGAGUUCAUGACUGGCGAGGAGGUGUCGCUCCUGGCAUUCUGCGACGGCGAGCGUGUGGUGUGCAUGCCUGGGGUGCAGGACCACAAACGCAUCUCGGACGGCGACCAGGGACCGAACACGGGCGGCAUGGGUGCCUAUGGUCCUGCUCCGUGCCUCACCAUCGAGCUUGAGCGUGAGUGCGUUGGCAUCGUUGAGCGCGUGAUCGCCGCCAUGAAGAAAGAAGGCAUGCCGUACGUUGGUGUUCUGUACCCUGGCUUCAUGCUUACUCCGUCGGGCCCCAAGAUCGUCGAGUUCAACUGCCGUUUCGGUGACCCGGAGACUCAAGUCGUGCUUCCGCUGCUUCACAGUGAUCUAUUUGAGAUCAUGCGUGCCUGCGUGGAGCACCGCCUUGAGCGCUCGCUUGUGUCGUGGAAGAGUGGUGCUGCGGCUACCAUCGUCAUGGCGUCGCAGGGCUACCCGAGCAGCUACCCGAAGGGCAAGGUUAUUACGGGUUUAAGUGACGCUCAAUCGCUCAAAGACGUAGACGUAUUUUAUGCUGGCACGACGAAUGGUGCGGAUGGCAGUAUCGCGACUUCAGGUGGACGUGUGCUCGCUGUUACUGCUGUAGGUCCCUCGCUACAGGGUGCCCUCGACCUUGCGUAUACAGGCGUCUCGAAGAUUCAGUUUGAGGGCGCUCAGUACCGUUCAGACAUCGGUUUAAAAGGCCUGCUGCAUGGCGCCAAGAAGUUAAAGUUAGCCGUGCUGGGCUCCACUCGUGGCAGCAGCAUGCAACCGAUUAUUGAUGCGAUUGCCGCCGGCGAGCUGAACGCCAGCAUUGACAUCGUGGUCAGUGACAAAGUCGCUGCUGGAAUUCUGGAGCGCGCAAAAACUCACGGAAUUGAGUCUCUGUACCUGUCAACCAAGGGUUUGUCGCGCGCUGAAUUCGACGCGCAAGUGUCUGAGGCUUUAAAGAAGAAAAGCGUGGAUUACGUGCUGCUCAUUGGGUACAUGCGUAUUCUGUCUGGCGAGUUCUGCAAGGAGUGGGAAAACAAGGUGCUGAACGUGCACCCGUCGCUGCUCCCGGAAUUUGCUGGAGGCAUGGACCUUGCUGUUCACCGCGCUGUGCUUGACGCGAAAAAGACCGAGAGUGGUUGCACUGUGCACUUUGUGACGGAGCAGGUAGACGCUGGUCCGAUAGCUGUACAAAUGAAAUGCCCUGUUCUGGAGACUGACACUCCGGAGUCACUGAAGGCGCGUGUUCAGCCUCUUGAAGGUGCUGCUUUCUUGCAUGCUAUCAAGCUGGCACAGACUGGACUACUGCUGAGAAACAAGGCUGAUAAGAAGGAGAUUACAUACGCGGAUGCCGGUGUGAGCAUUGAUGCUGGUAAUGAGCUGGUCAACAGGAUUAAGCCACUCUGCAAGUCGACUGUGCGUGUAGGCUGUGACGCUGAUUUAGGAGGAUUUGGUGGUAUAUUCGACCUUCAGGCUGCGGGCUAUGAUAAGGAUACGGCUCUUGUGGCGUGUACGGAUGGCGUGGGUACUAAGCUGCGUGUGGCCCAGCUCGUUAAGAAGCACGAUACCGUAGGUAUCGAUCUUGUGGCCAUGUGCGUAAAUGAUCUGAUUGUUCAGGGUGCAGAGCCUUUGUUCUUUCUGGACUACUAUGCUUGCGGAAAGCUUGAAGUGGAAGAGGCUGCUGAUGUGGUGAAGGGUAUUGCUGAGGGCUGCCGCCAGUCGAACUGCGGUCUUAUCGGUGGUGAGACCGCUGAGAUGCCUUCCAUGUACCACGAUGGCGACUACGAUAUGGCCGGUUUCUGCGUGGGUGCCGUUUGCAAGAACGCUAUCUUGCCGUUGCCGGUAGAGGCUGGUUUUGCUGUGCUGGGUCUGGCAUCCUCGGGUGUGCACUCGAAUGGUUUCUCGCUCGUGCGUAAACUUGUUGAAUUGUCAGGCCUCGCGUACAGCGACCCAUGCCCGUUCGAAACUGGCAAGAUGCUGGGCGAGAGCUUGCUGACGCCUACCAAGAUUUACGUAAAGCAACUGAUGCCCACUGUGAAGUCGGGCCUCAUCCAUGCGCUCGCUCAUAUUACCGGUGGCGGUCUACUGGAGAACGUUCCACGUGUGCUGACCAAUGACCUGGCUGUCAAAAUUGACUGUGCUAGCUGGCCUCUUCCUCCCGUAUUCAAGUGGCUGCAGAAAAUGGGUAACCUUUCAAAUGCCGAGCUUGCUCGCACCUUCAACUGCGGUAUCGGUAUGGUACUACUCCUACCCGAGGCUAACGUAGCCGAGGUAACGCGCCAGGUCAAGGCGGCUGGCGAGAAAGUUUACAAUCUGGGUACGACUAUUGCGCGGGCUCCCGAUUCAGAACAGGUUAAGCUAUGCGGCUCUAUGGCGUAG